GUCCGGCAGCGGUCUUUAUUAGCGCGCGCGAUUACUUAUCGACCCACGGUAUUUUCGCCAGAAAUGUCGGCAGAUCGCGCGAAACCCUGUCAAAAUCUUCUUGUAGCCGUAUGGACCUAUGUGCGAGCGCCCGAGUCUGGAUUAUACCAGAUAUAUCACGCUAUAUGCGCAAAAUAUCGUGCUCAUAUAGAGCUGAUAGAGGGAGCAAAUUCGUGCCUCGCGAGUCUGCUGGUGGUGGCGCCGACGACAACCGUCUCCGACCCGCAUGCUGCACGACACCCUCUCGUUUGGUCUAUUUUUGCUGUGAUUUUCCCAUUGACGCCGAACCCGAUAUACAACAGUCAUGGUUGCUCACACCGUACUCCUGGACUUCACCGUCCCUUCCGGCCAGAUCAUGGACGUGGACAAGAGGGCCAACCUCAAGGCCAACAUCACCAAUGUUCUGAAGGAGCAUUUUAUUGGCCUGAAACACCUGACAGAGUCCAUGGUCGAUGGCAGUCUUAUCAUUUUGUUCACGGGGCCAAGAGGCAGUAUCAUCACUGUGCGUGGUUAUGCUGAAGGAUUGGUUACCAUCAACAUUGAAUACUACAAGCAGGAUGAUGAGGAAGCUCUGUUGUCCUUCGAGUCGGCCAGAGACUUGGAGACGGCGUUACAGGCAGCGACAUCAGCCACUCGAUCGCACUCGCUAACUCCCAUAAAACGCGGUGGCCCGUUUGAGAGAUACUUUCCUACCGCUGAUGAAAGGCUGCUCGAGUAUGAUAUCGACAAGCUAGUCUUCGAGGCUCGCUCGCCAUACCAGAAGGUGCAGAUCGUGCACUCGAAAUCUCUCGGCAACAUGUUGAUCCUCGACGAAUUGCAAAAUAUGUCCGAGGCGGAUCUGAUCUACACAGAGACUUUGAUGCAACGAGGCAAAGAGAACUACGAGGGCAAGGAGAUCGUGAUCCUGGGAGGAGGCGAUGGUGGCUUGCUGUGGGAGCUGCUCAAGGAAAAUCCGAAGCAUGUGACAAUGCUCGAGAUCGAUGACAUUGUGAUGAAAGCUUGCAGCCAGUAUAUGAGAAGUGUCUGCGGCGACUGCUUGGACAAGAGAAAGACUGCCAAGUAUGAGAUCAUCGUCGGAGACUGUGUCAAAGCUUUGUCUCACAUGAUCGAGGAGGGUCGCCAGUUUGAUUACGUAUUCGGAGAUCUUACCGACAUUCCCAUCAGCACGACCCCUCAUGGCGAUGCUUGGGAUUUCAUCCGACUCAUCUUGAACUCGUCCAUGAAGGUGCUCAAGCCUACCGGAAAAUACAUGACCCACGGCAACGGUGCAUCGUGCCCGGAGUCAUUGAAGAUGUACGAGGAAGUAUUGUCGCAGCUUUCGGUGCCGGUCAAGUUUACCAAGGAUAGCGCCUUCAUUCCAUCUUUCUUUGAAGACUGGAUCUUCUACCAAGUUUCGCUCAAAUGAUGGAUUAGAACGAAUUCCGAUGCAUUGAGAACUUUGGCGAAACUCAGUCACAUUACACCAACCUCCUUAUGACCCGAGCUGCGCUCUUUCUUCGACAUCAAAGUAAAUCCAUAUACCAGUUCCUCUUUUGAAUUCAGAUAGCACUCUUCAGAUCCACGAUUAAAGUUGGAUAGAUUUAAAGUCACUUCAAACUGAUUGUAAAUAUUCACGCAUACUACUAUUUCAUAAACGAAGUAUUUAUUAUUCUUUAUGGUGGGAGAAAAGAUAAAGAGAAGGAGAAAAGCUUGCUGCUUGAAUAACGAUUAGUUGCAACAAUAAAUGUAGAGGGAAGAUGAUGAAAUCAUUUUCUUACCAAGGUAUAAAAAGAAACGCGCGAAACUUGUCAGCCUUAUUUCCAUUACGAAUCUGUUAAUGCCAAAGAGCAAUGUUAUUGUUAAAACAGCGUCGCGAUAGACGAAACUACAAUUUUGUUUUAUAAGUACAAGUUAGCUUGUAUGUCGUUGAAAAGUCGUGAAUUGAUCCUACUAUUUUAAACACUUAAAUACUUUUUCGUCUUUCAAAUUUUUCGAUAAACCUAGUUAUAUCGAAUAAAAACAUGAUACUAAGACGGAAUUGAAAAAGUACAUUAGGUAUGGCUGUUGCUUGAAUAAUGUCAGGUAUGAAUGAUUUGUUAUGUAAAGAAGCGCGUGAAGCUAUUACAAAAUGCAGUAUAGAGUAAGGACAGCUAUAUUAUGUCAGAUGAUACUCACCUAGUGUCAUCAGUAAUUAAAGCAGUACGAUUUGAAAUAGUAUUCAUGUGUUAUAAAACACAGUUUUAGUUAGUUUCAAAGUAAACGAUUAAUAUAAUGUACCGCAAUCUUUACAAAUUUCUCAAUGCUUCUAUACUCCUUGCAAAUUAGGUAAAUGUGUCUUUAACGAACAAUUUCCAAUUGAUAUUGCUAUGAAUUUUAUAAUAUUUUCCUAGGAAAAAAACAAAUGAAAAGAAAAACACGAUUCAACAAUUAUCAUUUUUUAAAGGAAUUUAUCGUUACCGAUCAAGUUUCUAUCGAUGGUUUUUUGGAAACGAGUCUAAUAGUGCCAUAACGAAUUGUUUUAACAUACACCAAUAUAUUUGCUCAUCAGACUGCUCCGAUAUUUCACCGUUAUUUUUAUAAACGCUAUUUCUAUAGUACAAAAUGUUCAUGUACCUAUUUUUCUUGGGAACUUAAGUCGCACACUUGAUAUAUUUGUACAAAAAUUGUGCGAAACGUGUGUGCGCAUUAAUGAGAUUCAACCGUAAAGAAAAAACAAACUGAACAAAUAGAGAGCUUAAUUCAUGUAUUAUCGAUAAAGAGAAUUAAAAGAUAUAUUUCAAUCGAUGACAAA